UUGCAGUGCAUGAAGAACUCUCUACACGCGAGCCUGCGCGCCAGCGGGCUAGACGGGGCGUACGGCUACCAGAACAAUUACCACUUCCCGCCAGUGCACACUGCUGACUUCUGGAGAGAGCCUGUUAGAGAUGACUUGGUGGUGACUGGCGCAGGCGCACGUGGUCGCGCGCGGCGACCGCUUACGCUUCCAGACUUGACGCAUCAAGUUCACCGCUCCACCGUCUAUGCCAAUAAUCACGCACGUUCCAGAGCCAACGGUUACGAACACAAACAUAAGAAAAUGUCGCAAACCAACGGCGAGGUGGCCACACCAAAGACUCCUGAGGAUAUCCAAGGAUGCCGUUUAAAAUCGAUCACGUCCGAAUUACCGAGGAUGAAUGGGAAACUGUUAAACAGGCCCACUGGGGCCUUGUAUCCCGAGUUGAAAGUUGUUGUUACUAAGUUGAUCCCUCGGGAACAUGUAUCGAGCGGCGCGGGGGAGCCGGGCGGCGAGGCAGGCGGGCGCGGGGGGCGCGCGCGCCGCGUCACGCACCGCAAGCACGCGCCCGACCACACGUAACUCCCGCGCAACGCGAACUAGCUUGACGAAUAACAUAUCACGCGGCCAACGCCAUCUAGCGAACGAUGCCGCUAAUAGUACAAACAGCUCCAUCUGUUAACGGUUUCAGUUGGACAGUUUAUUGAAGGAGUUUCACGUUUAGUUCUAUUUUCAAAUAAAGAAUGUUAUUUUUAUUAAUCCAUGAUCGUGUGAUGAGAAAGAGAUCUGUAUUAUGAAUUAACUUAUACAAUUCCAUUACGUCCUUCAACGACCCAAUUAUUCGUCAAGCUAUAUAUUAAUCGACGGCUUUAUCGAUAUCGAUAUUUUUGCUCGAUAUCGAUAAAUAGACAUUCAUAUCGUAACGUUAAACUUGACGGAGACUGCCAUGUCAAUUCUUCAGAGUAACGUCUCGUUCUUUUUACACAAGGUAAAGAGGUAGAACGACGAUUGACUUGGGAUUUUAGAUUAACAUUUUAUCCAAUCAAAAUAACCUUAUAUGAAAAAGUAUAGUAUUUAUUUGCUUCUCGUUUGAUUCAUACCCGCUGAAUUGAUUUCGAUGAAACGUGCAAAAUUUAUUUAUAUCCCUUAAACGCAUAAUUAUGGGAAUUAUAGUAAAUUCCCUGAAUAUAUAAAGGCAUUAUAUUAAAAUGUAAAAGGAAUCUUCUUAUUACAAUGUAGGUAGUUCCUAAUUUAUAAUGCCCUAUGCGGUGGUAUAAGCGCCAUCUAUUUCGUUUGAACGUAAACUUUGAAAAUAUUCUACUAGAUGGCGUUAGUGACAUAAUAAUCAAAUGCCAAUCUUGCUAAGGCCUGGAAUACACGUACUAUUUAGCGCAAAAGCAUGCUGUUUGAACAUUAUAGUUUUUUUGUUGCUUAUGAAGUCCCAUCUCAUUGGUCAAGUUUAUGAAUUAGAAUAAUAUUCUAAAUACAAAGGAACUAUAGAAGUAAACAAGAAUGCUCUUAGUAGCAUGUGUGUUUCAGGUUCGCAAGAUGAUAUAUGGCUAUAUAAACAUUGUUAAUUGACAAAUAUAACUUAUGAAAUAUUUUGUACAUUAAAUAUUAGCGUUUUGUAAUGCUUAUAAGUUUAUUCCAAAAUAUUUACUGCCAUUAGUAUUUAUUUUGUGUAAAUCCAUUGCGAAGGAAUCGAAUGAAAUUGAUAUUUGAACACAGACUGUUUUUAUCCGCAUCAACAAAGUAGCUAAAGGAAAAAGAUUUCUAUAUGCAACGAGAUUGAGUUUAUUGCAUUCCUUAGGUUUUUAGGGUCUUGCCACACUUACGACGUAAUUUUGAUGCGUAUUUAUCAUGUAAAAGUGGACAUAACAUCGCGCCCAUUUUCACACCCUAACUUUUAAAAAUGCAUGUAUGCACGAUAUGUCAUAAACAAACUAAAUUUAAAACGAAAGAUCUCUUAGGCACGUGUGUAAUAAAGAUCAUAUUCCGAUUGCUUUGUAUCAUCGUUAAAAUGGUCCAAUAGCUCGAGACAUUCCUCAGGACGUGUGGCAGGAUCCUAAGUCUUAUUACUAUGGAGGGUAGAGUUAAGGAGCACCGUCUGAUAUGGAGGGGAACUCUAAAAAGUGUCCAGCAUUUGCUGAAAAUAGAGUUUCAAGUACCUACCACAAUAGCGCUGGCGUACGAAAAACUACGAUACGAAUGUGGUUGCUUUAAUAGUGAGUGAAGUAAUCCAAAUGAACAAAUUGAAUCUUUUCAUGAGUCAAGAAGUCAAUAAAAUGCCAGUAUACAGAAUCUCAACUGCUUGCGUAGUUGUAAGUAGUUUUGUCAAUAUAACCAAGAAACUGCACUGAAAACACGUCCUUAAAAUUUUAUCCUAUGCGAUUGCAGCGCCACCCUUAUUUUCCCUGUUUUGAUGGACACUUUUUGAUACACUGAGACGGUGCUCCUUACCUGUACCGUCCAUACUUAUUACUAAUAAAAUAAGGUCCAGUGUACAUACAUGAGUUAACUGUUCAUCACCAUUUCGUGUUGCUUGUCGAUUAUUGCCGUAAUGGUAAAAAGCAUCAGUCACGUGAAACAGCGAAAUAAAUAACUCCUGCAAUGCAACAGUGUUUUCUCAAAUAAAAUUUAUUCCUCUGAACUUUUCUAGACGUGUGUUUUUGUACUAAGUACUUCUAUCUCAAGGCUUUUUCACACGAUACGGUUUGAGUAUUUGUAAUUUCAGGCAAAUAAAGUUUAAAGUUGCUUAUCUGUACCAAUACAAAGAUAAAUUCGUCGUGUGAAAGAGCUAAAUGGAGCUAUUUCCACAAAUGAAUUAUAUUUAGUCUCUUAUGUCAUGGUAAGAAUAUUAGGUACCUAUUUGGGAUGAAGUUACAGUUAUACUUAAUAUAAAAAUCUUGACAGAAGAUACGACAAAAAUCAGAUAUAUAAAAUAUGGCUACAAAAAACUCGCUUGUGGAAAUAUGUCCCAAGGGUGCGUCAAAAUUGUCGCAACGUAUAAUAAACAAUUGCCUAACCAACGCAGAGAUUCCACAAUUAUGAUCGCGCCCUAAUUGAGAUAAAAUUACAAUGUUAUAGAUUUUAAUACAUGUAUUUAGACUCGUAAAAGACUUAAUAACUAUGUACUUGAUUAAUAAUGGUUUUUAAUUCGAAGAGCAUGGGCAAAGGAAUAAUGAUGUAACAAAUGCAGAUAAUUAUUUUGUCUAUGCCCUAAGGAUGGGUAAAGAUUUAAAAUAUUUAAUAAUUAUUCAUAAUUGCCAUAAAAAUACAUGUUUUAAAAUCAAUAUAAUUAACAAAUUAUUACGUAUUACUGAUACCUAAUGUAGAAUUGUUUUGAAUAUUUAUUGACCAUAGUAGUAAACUAGUACAUUUUAUUAGCUGUCUAAAAUUGUUUGUAGAAGCUUUCACAAUGUGUUCGGAUUUGCUACAGCCUAGUGUCCCAUACUGGGAGGCGUGCCCUACGAUGGGACAGGCUCUAUUCCCACACGCCAUACCGAACCCCAAACGCCACAUUUGUGAGUGAUUUUUAAAUAUAAAACGCUGUAUUCGUAGCCUUAACCCUCGUAAUCUAAUUUAAUAGAAAAACUAUUACAAUUAUUAAAAUUAUUAUCAUAAUUAUUGAUAUGAUAAAUAUAUUUAUUGCGGA